AUGAUAGACAUAUUUGAAGACAUAGAAACUGCUAUAACUGUGCAGACAUUAAAUGUACCAACAAUGGAGGGCUUGGGAAUUGAGCCAAUGACACCCUCAUCUCCAGAAAUGAUUCUUAAACGAAGAAGGUAAAUGGAAAGUAGUAAAAGUCCAAUGCUUAAAAAAAGAGGUCAUCAUGAUAGUGAAAGUUGCUCUAAGAUUUCAGAGAAGUCUGAAUCAGCUAGUUAGAUAUUUUAGGGGAAAAACCCUAUCAAAAUAAGUUGGUCUGACUUGAAAUAUACAGUUCAGCCCAGGGGAAAAAAUCCUUAAGGAUAGCCCAAGCAAAUACUUAAAGGAGUGACGGGAUUUGCUAUACCAGGCGAAACGUGCUUUAUUAUGGGCGCAUCUGGUGCAGGAAAGACUACUCUUCUUAAUAUUUUGAGUUAAAGAACGAAAUGCCUCAAUUCAGGAAAGAUAGAAGGUGCUGUAACAGUGAAUGAUUCAAUUGAUCUAACAAUGGACUUAUUUGGUAAGUUUGGGGCAUAUGUGAUGCAGGAUGAUAUCUUGUACGCUUUUUUCACGCCUAGAGAGUCUCUAACCUUUUCAGCCAGAAUGAGACUUAAUAAACCAAUCAAAGAAUAAGAUGCUAGAGUUGAAGAAUUGUUGAAGGACUUAGGACUUGUUUAAGUUGCUAACACUCCUGUGGGAUCAGCAGUUAGAAAAACAAUUUCUGGAGGGGAAAGAAAAAGAGUUUCGAUUGGAGUGGAACUCAUCACAGAUCCCUCAAUCAUUAUGUUAGAUGAACCCACUUCAGGCCUAGAUAGCUUCAAGUCCCUAUAGAUGAUAAAACUUCUAAGAAAGAUAGCAAGAUCUGGAAAGACAGUCAUCUCUAGCAUUCAUAGUCCUAAUAGUGAGGGUUUUAUGCUAUUUGAUAAAUUGAUAUUGCUUGCUGAUGGUUAUAUCAUUUAUUAAGGAGAAGCAAAAUUAUCUCAUGAAUAUUUUUGCUCAAUAGGAUUUGAAUGUCCUCCCUACUCUAAUCCAGCUGAUUAUUUCAUGAAGGCCUUCUCUGUUUAAUAUCCUCUAAAAGAUAAUGACCUAUUAAAGAUUGAGCAUUUGAAAUCUUCCUAUAAUGAGAGAAUGGCCGAGGCAAUUAUAAAAGAAAAUCAUGAUUGCCAAUUAAUGCAUCCAGACUUAAAUAUGGAAGAAGUUAGAAUUUCCUUUUUUGGAUAACUUAAGCUUCUAAUUAACAGAGACAUGAAGAAAAUUACUAGAGAUUCUAAAUUUUUCAAAGCUAGAUAUAUUCAAAAUUUCUACGUGGCUUGUUUAAUGACACUAAUAUAUCACAACAGGCCAGAUAUGACAAUCAAGAAUAAUUAGACUUCUCUUUUAGGAGCCUUAUACUUUAUCUGCUAAAACUAUACUAUUUAAAACUGCACUGCUGCCUUGCUAAUUUUCUCAGUUGAAAGAAGAAUUUUCCUAAGAGAGUAUGCUGAAAAUCUCUAUGGAGCUUUUCCUUAUUAUGCCUCUAAAAUUAUUAUUGAAGCUCCCUUAUAGAUGAUUAUGGCUCUAACCACAACAUCAAUUGUAUAUUUUGGUAUUGGAUUAAGAGCUGAGCCUGAAUGCUUCUUUGCUUUUUUCUUCACUCUAAUGAACCUCAUAUUCUAUGCUGCAUCGCUGGGUUACUUAUUUGGCACAAUUUUCACAGCUCCUGGAUCAUCUAAUCUUGUGAGUUCACAAAUUCUAAUGCCUUUGAAUAUUCUAGGAGGAUUUUAUUCUAAUGUUAAACUAAUACCAGUUUGGUUUUCAUGGCUUUAAUACAUAUCCCCAGUACGGUAUGCUCUUGAAAGUCUAGUGUAGAAUGAAUUUGGAGAUUUCAGCAAAGAUGAUUCCAAAGUUCCAAAUCCGUUGGUUUAUCUAGGCUAUGAUAUUGGUUAUGGAUAGUGUAUUGCCUGCUUAAUUGGACUUUCAAUUACUUUUAGAAUAAUCUCAUUCUUUUUGUUCAAGAGAUAUUCAGACAAAAAUAAAUGA